GUACAUCUGUUGUUCAAGUGACAGCCACAGAUGCUGAUGAUGCCAACUACGGAAACAGUGCCAAAGUGGUGUACAGCAUCCUCCAGGGACAGCCAUAUUUCUCAGUGGAUCCAGAAACAGGUGUAAUCAAGACUGCUUUACCAGACAUGAGCAGAGAAAACAGGGAACAGUAUCAAGUGGUCAUCCAGGCCAAAGACAUGGGAGGCCAGAUGGGAGGACUAUCAGGGACCACUACUGUGAACAUCACGCUGACUGAUGUCAAUGACAAUCCACCUCGCUUCCCCCAGAACACCUACCAGUUCAGCUCUCCAGAGUCUGCACCACCUGGGACUCCUCUUGGCAGAAUUAAAGCAAAUGACCCUGAUGUGGGUGAAAAUGCAGAGAUUGAGUACAGCAUCUCCAAUGGGGAUGGAUCAGACAUGUUUGAUAUCAUCACUGACAAGGACACACAGGAAGGGAUUAUAACUGUCAAAAAGCAUCUGGAUUUCGAAAACAAGAUGUUAUACACUUUAAGAGUGGAAGCAACCAACACUCAUCCUGAUCCUCGUUUUCUUCAGCUGGGACCAUUCAAAGACACGGCUUUGGUCAAAAUUUCUGUAGAAGACGUAGACGAACCUCCAGUGUUCAGCAGACCCUGGUAUUUAAUAGAAGUAGAUGAAGAUGUCAAGGAAGGAAAUAUUAUCGGGCAGGUUGUAGCUGAAGAUCCGGAUAUAACAAAAAAUGCAAUAAAAUAUUCUGUAGAUCGACACACUGACCUUGACAGAAUGUUCAACGUCUAUUCAGGAAACGGAUCCUUAUUCAUCUCAAAGCCACUUGACCGGGAAGAAACUCCCUGGCACAACAUCACUGUCAUAGCAACUGAAAUCAAUAAUCCUAAACAAAGUAGCCAGAUACCUGUCUUCAUCCGGAUUUUAGACAUAAAUGAUCAUGCACCAGAAUUCGCCAAAUACUAUGAAACAUUUGUUUGUGAAAAUGCAAAAGCAGGACAG